UCAUGUUGUCAACGUCAAAGAACUCAGCUGAAAGGGAACAUUAUUUUUAAAUAAUAAUAAUUUAACAUGAGUGAAUUAUUUAAAUCGGCAUUCGAGUACUUUAGUGGCCCAGCAAAUGGACAAAAUGAAAACAGUUUUGUCGGUCAAAUCGUGGAAAUUUCGAAUGUGAAGCUUAAAAUUAGAGAAGUUAUUGCGGAAGGUGGAUUUGCUGUAGUGUUCAUCGCUCAAGACACUGCCACUGGAAAGGACUACGCCCUGAAGAGAUUGCUGGCAGCCGAUGAGGAAGCAAAGAAAAAUAUUCUUCAAGAGAUUAACGUUUUGAAACGAAUAUCUGGACAUCCUAACAUCAUACAGUACCUUUCAGCAUCGUUUAUUGAUAAGUCUCAAACCGAUCAUGGCCAGUCAGAAUUUUUACUGGUCACAGAGUUAUGCCCAGGAGGCUCUUUAGUUGACUUGCUUAAGUCCAGGACAACUGCAUUUGGUCCUGAUAUUAUAACAUUGAUAUUCUACCAGACAUGCAGGGCAGUAGCACAUAUGCAUGCACAAUCACCCCCAAUCCAACAUAGAGACUUGAAAAUAGAGAACCUUUUAAUUAGCGUCGAAGGCUCUAUCAAGUUAUGUGACUUUGGAUCUGCCAGUACUGAGAUUUUUCAUCCAGAUUUGACCUGGUCGGCGAACCAACAUUCCAGUCUUGAAGACGAUCUGGCAAAAUUUACAACGCCAAUGUACAGGGCCCCCGAAAUGGUCGAUACAUGGAGUAAUUAUGUAAUUGGGCCACCCAUAGAUAUAUGGGCUCUUGGCUGCAUCUUGUACACAUUAUGCUACAUGAAGCACCCUUUUGAUGACAGUGCCAAGCUCCGAAUCAUCAAUGCAAAAUACACAUUGCCACCAGAUCCAAAAUUUGCCUGUUUUCAUGAAAUAAUUCGAGGUUGUUUCCAACCCAAUCCGGAACUUCGUCUUACCAUAACAGAUUUAUUGGAGCGGUUAGCGGCAAUAGCCGAGAGUCACGGCUACAAUCUUAAAGUUCCUUUGCCAUUUAAAGUGAAUCAGUUACAACCAGAACAGGGCAAUGGAGACGGUUUGACCAACAGUACCCCUACACAUACAAUUCAAUCGCAAAGACCAUCUGAACGGCGUAGUCCUGCCCAAGCUCCGAUUCUUCAAAAACCCACGAUUGAUCCUCAACGACCGAAGUCGCCAGGACAAUCCGCCUAUAUUUCUUCACGACUCUCAGACCAGCCGAAGCAAACGAGCUUGUUUUCCUCUUUAAAAGGUGGAGCUGGAAGUUUUCUCAAGAAUCUUAAGGAUACUAGUUCGAAAGUUAUGGCCACUGUGCAACAAAGUAUGGGAAGAACGGACCUGGACAUUCAUUAUCUCACUUCUCGCAUCAUUGUCAUGCCUUACCCUUCGGAAGGACUGGAGUCAGCAUACAAAUCAAACCAUAUAGAGGACGUGAGACUUUUUUUAGACUCACGACAUCCUAACUACAGAUAUUCUGUAUACAACCUGACAAACAAACCACACCAAUCCAGAUUUGGGCAAGCCAGGAUUGUUGAUUGUUCUUUCGCAUAUCCUGACAAUUUCAAAGCCCCGUUGCUUAAUUCAAUGUACCAGUUAUGUGAAGACAUGUAUCAAUAUCUGGCAGGAGAUAGUCGAAAUAUCGUUGUUGUGCACUGUACAGAUGGCAAAGCCACAUCUGCAACGUUAACAUGUGCUUUGAUGAUUUAUGCGGGAUUAUACGAAGUUCCAGAGGAUGCCUUGCAAAUGUUCGCAGUGAAACGAUGUCCCCCCAAUAUGAGAGCUUCAGAGCUAAGGUAUUUGUACUACUUGGCUGAUAUUGUACGAAAUCCUCCUUUGCACCCCCAUUACAAUCCUGUUACAUUGGUAUCAAUCCAAAUGACUCCGGUGCCGCUUUUUACUAAAGUGAGAGAUGGUUGCCGGCCCUAUUUAGAAGUGUAUAGUGAAAAUCGUUGUAUUCUAUCCACGUUGCAAGAUUACGAAAAAAUGCGAUUAUAUAAUAUAGCCGAAGGUAAAUGCUUGUUGCCGCUAACUGCGACAGUCUACGGAGACAUAUGCAUCAUCGUGUACCAUGCUAGACAUACAUUGGGGGGUGUCAUGACUCAAGGCAAGGCAACUGGUCUGAAAAUUUGUCAACUCCAACUGCAUACUGGAUAUGUACCCGAGGAAGAGACUUCUAUACGCUUUCCAAAAUCCGAAUUAGACGAACUGAGUGAUGGCCCAGAUCACUAUCAACAAGGUUUUACAGUCACCUUAAAUGUGUUUGUCGGCGACAACGAAAGGAAACCUGCCCAACCUGCCCCUUGGCAAACCGAUCAAACUGAGCGGACAUUAGACACUAUGUUCUCGUCCCCAAUUGAAAAAGACGAAACAAUAGACAAUUUUAAGAGUAAACCUAGUAGAAAACCGGUUCAGCGACCUCCAAGACCUCAAGCCCCCAGACUGCCGACACAUUCAACCAGUCCCAUUCCUAUGGUGGUCACUGACACUUCGGAAGGUGAAGAAGAUGAAGUUGAGGUGCUGGAGGAGGCAGUCGAUUUGCUCAACUUGAAUAGCGGCCCUCAAGUUGUUCGAGAUGCUGUUCGACCAUCACCUAGUUCAAAUUUCGAUCUUCUUAGUGAUUUGGGAAAUGAAUCAGGCACUACGAAUACAUUUUCGUUUCCGACCACGACACCGACUGUAAAUCCCAACCAGACUAAAUCAAAUGACAUGUUUGACCCAUUUGGUUCGCUCGGAGCUGGAGGAGACAGUACAAGUUUGCUGGGAGGUUGGAGUAACUUUAAUAGUUCGGCUCCGGCCAACCAGACAGGUCCUGCACGGGCCGAAGAAAAAGUGAAUUUUUUUGCUGGCUUUGAAAAUUUGAGCGACUUAAAGGUCAGUUCUUCUGAGUCGAAAGUGGAAUCGCCCCCAAAGACCUCAACCAGCGGGAUUAGGAGCCCUAACGAUAUUCCUGGAACCCCCUACAGCCACUCGGCCACCAGUACUCCACAACAUCUGGCAAAAUCGCCGGCUGGACCUGAUUAUAAUAGAUCGCAUUUUGAAACGCUAAAUAAAACAGGAAAAGACGAGCAAAUAAAGCAAAAAACUCAAGAUGUGUUCGGAGAUUUACUUGGGUCACAGGGAUACAGUUUUUCGGCGAAAAAGGAUUAUACGCCUAGGUCUAUCAACGAAAUGCGCAAGGAGGAAAUGUCCACCUAUAUGGACCCUGAAAAACUGAAAGUAAUGGAAUGGCAAGAAGGAAAAAAGAACAAUAUCAGAGCGUUGCUUUGCUCAAUGCACUCUAUUCUGUGGGAUGGAACCAAGUGGACUAAGUGUGAAAUGCAUCAAUUAGUGUCAGCAUCUGAUGUGAAGAAAGCGUAUAGAAAGGCUUGUCUAGCUGUACAUCCUGACAAGCACUCUGGCACUGAAAACGAGAACUUGGCUAAGCUCAUUUUUAUGGAGUUAAAUAACGCAUGGAGCGAUUUCGAAAAUGAUUCUUCGCAACAGAAUAUAUUUGCUAGUUAAAGCUUAA